CCUUGAAUCAUUUAAAUGCUUUUGCUCUAGAAAAACAGCAUUUUUUGUAGCUGUUAGGCUAUUUAUGUAAGUUUAGCCUGUUUUAUUCUAAGAGGGUUAACAGACUGUAGCUAUAUUAAUAAAUAGCGUACAAAAAUGCGCGUUGAAAUUGGGAUUUUAAAAUUGUACGUCCUCAAAACACACAGUAGCCUGGAGGUUUCAGCUAUGAUGCAUUUAUUACUGCAGAUCUGCCAGUAAUUGGCCUAGUAGAUGUUUGGCGCAGUACUAUUACAAUAUCCAAAGCUCAGUAAUAAAUAUCAUCACUUGAGGCCAGUUUAUUAGUGACAAACCGCUGGACUAGUGAAGCCCCACCGGGCUGAAACACCUGCGCGUUCGCUGCUAACGUCUUUAACUCGUCACUACGGCAACCGUGAAAACACACCGGCGACCGACACAGUACCGGUGCCGUCUGGCUGCUCCCCGGACGCUGCCAACGAGCAAAGGAGCGCCUGCAUGGAGCAGUUUCCCCCCAAAUUUAGCAAGGUGUUGGUCACCCCCGACCCUCAUUACACACCAGGGUACGCAGGCUACUGCCCACAGCUGAAAUACCACCUGGGGGAGACGUACGGAAAGCUGACGGCCAAGCUCCUCACCUGUCCGGAUAUCUCCCACUCUCGCAGACUAGUGCUGCAGUCCACGUCCACGGAGACGCCCAUGCAGCUGCGCGCUGAGAUCUGGAGACGUCACACAGCACAUGGCAGGCAGCUGCAGAGAAUGAUACCAGGCUACACGGGUUUCGUUCCUAAAAGUCAGAACUACUUCUCAAAGACGUACGCAGAGACUUGUCGAGAGGCCCUGAGAGAGUUUGACUCUGAUCAAAGGAGGAGAGUUCAGCUGGAUCCUGAAGAGAAUGAGCCCACAAUCACCUAUACACUCCCUGACUUUAAACCACAGAAGCUGAACACGCCUCUGACAGCCAUCUGUAAAGAGCCUGUUUCUUAUAAAGCUGUGGACCGAUGGAAGCCACAAGGCUCUCCAUACUUCAUAGAAGACAGCAGUCCACAUAAAUACUUCAUCUCAGGGUUUACUGGUUAUGUGCCUAAAGCCCGAUUCCUGAUUGGAACCAGCUACCCAGUCACCACCAACAAGGCACUGAUACAGUUUGGUAAGGAGAUGAAGGCUGGUUACAAUGCCCUCAGCCUGGAGAGAGAAGCGGCUGAGAAUCUGCCCCAGGUCCACACUAUCUACCCCUCCCACCAAGGCCUGAUGCCCUCGUACACAGGCCAUGUGCCAGGGUACAAAUUUCGAUAUGGCCACCCGUUUGGACAGCUCACCAGCGAAGCAUUCAGCGGUACCCGCGGAGAGAAGAAGAGCAGGACAGGAGUCCUGGACCUCUAGCUGGACCGUGCCAGCAGGUCUGGGCCUCCAACUGCAAUUAAAGGAAUCUGUGUUGGCUAAAACACAACAAGACUUGGUUUUGAAUGGAAACCUGUAGGUUUGCAUAGGGAACUGUUCUAAAAGUACAUUCUAAAUCUACUUAAAAUGUGAUUGACAUAUUGUUUUUACUUGGCAAUUUUAAGAUGGUAAAAAAAAAUUAAUGUUCAAUAUAUCACAUAAUUAUAAAAUAUGUAUAAAAUGACUAGUAAAGCACUCUAGAAAUAUUA